AUGCUUAUCACUCCACGUACUUACGGGCAGCUUCAAAACAUACAAGAGGGAUCUAAUCCUGGCAGCCUCGGACCUCUGCCAGCAAUCGGCUGGCGCGUAUCUCCGGAGACAGUCGCACAGCGCCAGAAGAUGCUGCUCGUGCAUCAAGUCGGAUCUGUGCGGGUUGGAGAGGUAGUACGCUAUACACUCACAUACACGCCCUCGCUUGACCGAAUACUGCCAUCACCUACAUACUUGCAUGUCAAGAUCAAGAAUUCAUCAGCAAUACCUCUCCGAGCCGCGUACCUCCACGGUCCAUAUACCUUAUACACCGCCUGCUACCCUGCAACAUUCGAUCCGAAUUACAAGUACGAGAAACCAUCUCAAGAAAGCUGUCCAGAAUUUGAGCCCAAUCUUAAGGCUGGGGGCAGCUGGACGAGUCGUUUGACUGUGCCGGAGAACAUACGGGAGACGGCUGGAAAAGCAAAUGUGAAAAGAGGGACCGAUGGUUCUACUCCGAGCUUUACGUGGAUAAUUGAGAUCUCGUCACAGGUUAUAUUUUCUACAUCAGCUUCGGUCAAUUUCGAGCUUCUCGUGGGCAGGGACGAGAAGUCAGUAGAGCUUGGGUUUUCAUCUUUAACGGGUCAAGCGGUAGCCACACCUGGCCAAUUACAGGAUCAUCAGCAAAGUAAGAGGAGCAAAACCGGCCACAGCGCAGCGCAGCCCAAAGGAGUGUUUUCACAUGCAGUGACUCUGGUAGUCGAAGAUACGGAGAGUUUGUGGAAUAAACCAGCUCUGCCGGAGUGGGAUGAUGAAGGGAAGGACAGGGGCAAAAGGCGCAGCUACCCUGAUCCUGGAGAGGGGAAUGACUUCUCCUCGAGGAACGUAGCGGGUGAAGCGGGAACCAGUGAUGAAAACAAGAAGAAAGAGCCAAAAGCCAAGAAGCGGAGACGAGUUCACUUGGUCGUUCUCACUCACGGCCUGCACAGCAACCUCGGAGCUGAUAUGCUUUAUUUGAAGGAGAGCAUUGACGCAGCAGCAAAGGAGGCUCGCCAGAGUGCUAGGGAGAGAAGGGCGCACGAAAAGUCCAAGCACACAUCAAGUUCGUCCGAUGGUGCAGCUCAAUCAAAGGACGAGAGCGCCAGUUCCAAGAAGGAUCAGCCAGACUCGUCUACUGCUCCUUUGUCUGGCGGUCAGGAUGAUCUUGACCCGGGAGCCAAUGUUGACGAGGAAGAUGAAGAAGAAGUCAUCGUCAGAGGUUUCGAUCGCAAUGCCACUCGUACGGAGCGAGGUAUACAGUAUCUAGGCAAGCGGCUCGCAAAAUGGGUGCUCAACAUGACAUUUCCGGAUCAACCGUACCUACCUGUAAAGAAGUCUCUUCCAAGGAAGCUUUCCAGGGUCUUCACUGGCGACCAGAAAUCAGACACUCAACAAAGCCCAGCUCAACAUAACCACAGCAGCAUUCAUCGUCCAGCGAAAAAGCCUAAUGACUUAGCGUACAAGAUUACGAGCAUUAGCUUCAUCUCACAUUCUCUGGGUGGCCUGACCCAGACGUACGCUAUUGCCUACAUUCAUAAGCAUUCUCCCAACUUUUUCAAUGAGAUUAAGCCAAUCAACUUCGUCGCCAUGGCUGCGCCGUUUCUUGGGCUGAGCAAUGAAAACCCGCUAUAUGUCAGGUUUGCCCUUGACUUCGGACUUGUUGGGAGGACCGGACAAGAUCUCGGCCUGACAUGGAGGGCCCCGACCAUGAUGCGGAGUGGAUGGGGUGCCAUGAUUGGCGGCAUCGGCUCGGAGGGCCAACGAGCACACAGACAGCCAGAUCCCGGAUCGAAACCCCUACUACGUAUCUUACCGACAGGUCACACACACCAGGUCUUGAAGCUGUUCAGGAAUAGGACAGUCUACUCGAAUGUUGUUAACGAUGGCAUCGUGCCUCUACGGACUUCGUGUCUUCUAUUCCUUGAUUGGAGUGGUCUAGAUCGAGUGGAGAAGGCCAGAAGGGAUAAUGGUCUAAUUGGUACUAUGGCAGGUUGGGGUUGGUCAGAGAUUACGGGUGCCAAUAAAAGCUCAAACAAACAUCUCCGCGCCGACAACGGCAAUGAUGCUUGGUCGCAGUCAGACAUAAGUGGUGACGAGGGCGCCAGUCAAGGAAGAAAGGCUGCAGUACCUCAGCCGGAGGAAAAUGCAGUCCGGGAUGACACGACGGCAGAAGGAAACGAAAGCCGAGCGAGCAAAAAACAUCCUGACCCUCAAGGUAAACCAUUCGAAGACGAGGACUAUGAUGCUACAAAAGCUGAGGAGCCAACGUCCCAUCAGCCAGCACAUCCUCUGGCUGGUUUGCUCUCUUUUCUUCGCCCCAGUCAGCCCAAGAGCCAGCCCAAGAGCCAUCAUCACUCUCCCAAAAAUACCAAGAUCUACAAGAGAAGCCAGACUACCAAUCGUACCGCGGAUGAUGUGGCAAGCAUGUCCUCAGAGGGCUCGUCCGCAGCCGGGGUAUCUUUGGGUCGCCCAGGGACUGUCAGAGGCGAUUCGAUCAUCGAAAAUCCCAACAAUGAUUUUGCUCCUCCAAAAACUACUAUCUUCGAGGCUGCGGGUGACGUCUUGAAUCCCCCUUUGCCGACAAGGGAGUUCUUGAUCAAUCCCCAAGGUCGACCGCGCACUAUUUUCCAUGAUCGUGUCUACCAUCCUGAAGACAUACCACCUCCGCCUACCAAAAGAAAGCGAGAAGGUUUAAAGAGAACUUUUUCGAGCGAGUCUCGGAACGGCCCUUCUCGCGUCAACACAGACUAUGAUGGCCAAUUCAAAGAGACUCCGGACAUGAGCAGCAUGAAAGUGGAAGAAAAGAUCGCACGAGCCUACCAUCAUGGCCUAUCAUGGCGCAAAGUACUCGUCCGUCUCGAGCCCGAUGCACAUAAUAAUAUGGUAGUCCGACGCAUGUUCGCAAACGCCUAUGGCUGGCCGGUAAUCAAGCAUCUUGUUGACACUCACUUCGCUGACACCUAUGCUGCUACAACGGCAGAUGUGGAUGAGCCGAACAAAGAACGCGCCAAACCACCAACAGAAGCUGUAGGCGAGCAUGGCGAGGAAGUGCGUGCUGACGCGCCCAGGGAAAUGAAGCGCAGUGACAGCGAACGGUAUGAAGCUAAAGACAGCAUCUCUGAGCUUACAAAUAUGGAAGACCACAGUAUGAGUAGCAGCAUUAACCGCCCCAACAUUUCCAGGCAGGACUCCGCGCAGUGGGAUGACUCAAUGUUUGACGUUACCGACGAUGAUGAUGAUCUCGACCAACCGGGCAGUACGGGCCACGGCUCUUCCUUUUCGAACGCUGAGUCGACGAAGGGUACUUCAGAGGCUGAGAUCGCGGAGUUUUUGACAAGGUCACCGCUUCCAGUUGAUGAAAAUGCAAAGGCAAAAUCGGCAACGAAGGCUCCGUCUGGAGGGACAUCCUCUGUUGGGCUAGGCAAGUCAGUUGAAGAGCGCUUGAGUCCUGGCAAGUCUAGGAGGCGGACCAUGGAGGGUCAAGGAGACGGUGGAAGUGGGAACCUUGAGGAUGAAGUUACGAGGAUACACAUUGGAGAUGGCCAAUGA